AACCCGUGGAACGUUCUCCAUACGUAUAUAAUGUCCCCAUGCCGAGGUGUCCGGGGUCAGCUGUCCUAGUUGCGCGGUCUACAUAGGAGUAGCCAAGGGCUUCCUCGUUCCCACCGCCUUGACAGCAGGUGGAUCUGCAGUAAUGCCGCUAGCUUCCAAACCGAUCCCGGAUCCUGACAAUGUCCCCUUACACACAGCCCUGCUGCGGACCUACUUACAGCUGCUGCACAGCCGCCCUAUACUUACCAAAGCGGUGACCAGCGCCAUUCUGUCUGCAUUGGGGAAUCUCUUAUCGCAGCGCAUAGAAAGGAGGCACCAGAGUAAAUCGAAAAAUGUCGACCUGGUGGCACCGCUUCGAUUUGCUGCGUAUGGACUUUUCUUCACCGGGCCGCUGUCUCAUUACUUCUACAUGUUUCUGGAGCACUGGAUCCCGUCUUCUGUGCCACUGGCCGGACUACGUCGCCUCCUUCUUGACCGAAUAAUUAUUGCUCCUGGUUUUCUGCUUCUUUUCUUUAUUGUGAUGAAUUUUCUUGAAGGCAAAAACCUGAAGUCAUUAAAUCGGACGCUGAAUGAUAGCUACUGGUCAGCGCUAAAGAUGAACUGGAAAGUUUGGACGCCAUUUCAGUUUAUCAAUGUAAACUAUGUUCCAGUGCAGUUCCGAGUACUAUUUGCCAACCUGGUAGCCUUCUUCUGGUAUACAUAUCUGGCUUCCACAAGGAAAUGACCCAGACAACCAGCUUCAGUGCCAGUGAUGAAACAGGCUGAGGACUCCAUGACAGCAGCACUAACUUGAGGACUAAUUUUUAUCAGCAAAAAUUAUGCAAAGACUUAAUUUUACUGUAACAUUUAGAAAUAUGAUUAAUUCUGAUUUUUCAAAGGAGCAGUUAGGAAAUUAUAUGCCAAGAUACAAUAUCCUAAAUUAGAAAAAAAAAUUCUAAUAGUUAAAGGGGUUUUCCAAGAGUAAAAAAAAACUGGCAUGGGGCAUUAUAAGAUAAAUAAACAUUUCCUUUUAUAUAUCUGAGCCUGCAGCAGUCACAUGCUUUUCACCUGCAGCCAAUCGCUGACCACAGCAGUCACGUGUCAUUCAUGCACACAUGACUGCUGAUGUCAGUGAUCGGCUGCAGCGCUCAUGUGAACAGUGGUCAUAAUGUCAUCGCUGCAGGACUUUUAUAGGGUCACUAAUGCUGUGUUGACCUUACAUUUGUAAUGUCAAUUUAGCAUGGGCAUCGGGAAAGCUCCUAAUGUACAGGCUAACCAUGGCCAUAGGGUUACUGUAGCCAGACAGAGGCCAAAAGAGUGUCCUUUUUGCCUCUGUCUACAUCAUAAAAACCAGUGUAGCAUAGUGUAGUAGUCUGCACUACUCCAUACAGCAGUAUCCAGUAAAAGUGUACAAGUUUUUCUUACAGUGGAACCCUAUGGGGGACUGAUAUUGUAUGGAAUCCCUCUGGGGUUUCCACUUAACAUAUAGUCUGACUUUUUGAUUUAUUUAUACUACCCCUCUGUGCCCAUUCUCAAAAAUCACAAAAAAAACUUUUAAGAUUGAAUCGUGUCACAUUAGUCAUAUAGCUUGACUAGUCAUUUCACAGUUUACAUCAGUUUAGCCAUCUAGGCUGUGCAAACCCAGCAGCACACUUUUUUAGACCUAGCCUAUGCAUCCAAUGCAAAAGCUGUUCAUAAACCUUAGGGCUCAUGCACACGACCGUAUGUAUUUUGCGGUCCACUAAAAAAUGCGGAUGACGUAUGUGUCCAUUCCGUCUUUUGCGGAAUUGAACAGCUGGCCCCUAAUAAAACAGUCCUAUUCUUGUCUGUAAUGUGGACAAUAAUAGGACAUGUUUUGUUUUUAUUUUUUUAUUGCGGAACAGACAUACGGAAUGCACGCGGAGUAACUUCUGU